CGGUCUAAAAGGCGUGGUCUGGACAGAUCUAAUUCAGAUGAUCAUUAUGUUCGAAGGGAUGCUACUGCUCCUGAUCUUUGGCUUGAUUGCAGUCGACGGUCCCGUUACAAUGUGGAAUACUGCCCUGAAUGAUGGAAAAAUAGAUCAACUUAGAGCAAUCUUACUGAAUAUUCCAAUUGUGGUCCUAUUUGCUGUUCUACAUGUCGCUAUCGGUCUUGUCUCCUACGUCUAUUUUCGCGGAUGUGACCCCCGACGGAGUGACGAAAUUCCGCGCUAUGAUAUGCUCUUACCAUUCCUCGUGCUGAAGCUUUUCGAAAACAUCCCCGUCCUGCGGGGUCUCUUUCUGUCUGUCAUUUUCGCUGCUGCACUUAGGUUAGUCUUGCCUACUCUUGACAUGUUCCCAGGCUUACAGCACGACCUUGGAAUAGAUGAAUCUGCGUCAAUAAAUACAGAAUUUGCUUGA